AUGUCUCACAGUUAUUUUCAAGGUCGUCGUGGGGGCGCGUUGUUAGAUUUGCCGCCAAUGGGUAUAGAAACUCUAGCCAGUCCAGGAGAUGAAAAUACCGAUGAAGCUACUCAGGCUCAACAAGAGGCCAUUGAAAAUGAUAUGAAAUCUACAUGUUUGAUAUCUGCUAUUCUUCCCCUUUCCACGCUGGACGAAGAUUUCACUGGCCAUGCUGUCUAUUUAGAAAAAUUAAAGCUCAUGAAACAAAACUAUCAUGGAAUUCGUCGACUACGACGCGAUGAAUAUCUUUUAACUGGAAGACAUGUUAAAGAAGCUGCCAGGAAAAUAUUGACUAUUCCUUAG